UGUGUGUGCCGCUCUGUGUUACCGUCAGGCCCGGGGUAGGCAGGCGCAGUAUGGGAGAUUCAAGUCAGCUUUCAUAAAGGCUGGCUCGGUGCUGUGAGUGAACAUCGGUGUUCCUGUGACUAAGAUAACUAGUAUCAUAUCAUCACCACUGCUGCUCGUUACUGAAGGCCAUGAUGAAGGUAGAGAAAUAGAGACUACAACGAUACGAAGACACGGAGAUAGCAAGGUAUGGCGUCACUCGGCAAGAGGACAUUGACAUGGGGGGCAGACACAACUGAAGAGAACAGCAGCUACAACUAGUCUGAGAAGCACAAUGCAAGCAACAUACAUCACUUAAGUCCUUGCCGCAACAUUGCAGACAAUCUAACUCUGACAAAAAGGGAAAAUUUAUCGACUCAAGAUGGCCAAGAAGUCAACGCAACUGGACAAGACCAUCUGCAAGUUCAACAGCAUCUACGCAGAGAGGAGACUCAAGAAGCAGAUAGAUCUGAUCGAGAAGGACCGCAAGCAAGUCCUUCUGAAGAUCGAGCGGGAACAGAUUCAUCUCAAGAAGGAGCUGAAGGACCAGCGGCGACAGAAGAUGUCGAGGGUCUUCCCCGAUCCGCCUGAUGGAGUAGAGGACGAGGAAUCCUCGGGUAGGAAGAAGAAAACGAAGCACAAAUCGAAGAGAAAAGUGACGAUAGGAGAGGACGUCCACGAGAUUGACAGCGAGGAUCUGCAUGGGGUUUUAAACGGCAACGGAUUGCUAACCGCCCCUGGGAUAAACAGGGGAACUCGGAGAAACUUAAACAACGAUUCUGACGACGAAUCGAGCCAAGAUGGAGACGAUUCGGAUGAAGAGGUGGGAAAAUCUCAUUCGAGGAUCAGGUUUGUCAACAUCCCAACGGCGACUACAGAAAGCGCGAACGGAUCAGAGAUAGACAGCCCGUACACGUCGAGUGGGUACGGCAACUGGGCGGACCGAGUGUCUCAUCUGAACCGCUCCAACAGUGUGCAGCUACCGGCCGCGCCCAGACACACACCGUUCUCGGGACGCCCGACAACAUCCUCGGGGGCAGUCAGUACGGGACCCACGAGAAGCACCAGUAAUCUAACGUCCAGAAGUUUACAAACUCCGCUGGGUAGAUCUACACCCGUUGGGACUAGGGGAGCUGCUGCUGGCAACAGGCGACCGGUUACGGCGGGUAAUGGACCACUCUACGGGAACUCAAAGCCACCGCGAUAUUCCAUCAUCAAGAAACAGGUUGAAGAGGAAGAGCACGAAACCGUGAUGCGCAUGCGUAAAAUCUACCAGCAGAGAGAGAACGAAGAGGUGGACAACAAGGUUCUGUGUUUCCUGGGUAAGCAGGCGCGGAAGGUGAGCAUGCCGCCCAUCACCACGGCUGAGGAGGCUGAGAUCCUGGACAAGAUCGGGUCGCUGGUGCGGGCGGUGGACAGGCGGAGGAAGAUGAGCGCCAUGCCCAGCGUGGGGGAGGAAUCUGACAACAGCAGGAAGACGUCCACGACAAGCAACAAGAGCUGAUAGAUGUAAUUACCUUACGCGAAGCCCCUGUCACACCAAACGUUAACUUUGACACUCAGACGCCCCAUCCCUGUGCUGUGCAGGAGUUCUUCGUAACGUUACAUAACGUCAGUAUAGUAAGAUGGGCGCUAUGCCCACCGUUCGAAGACAUCAGGAUGACGUCCACAACAAGCAACAAGAGCUGAUAGAUCUAAAUUUGCCUGGGUGCCAAACUGUUGCCAGGGGCAGUAGCCGAAAAUUUUCCAUAGAUAACAUUGCAACAGCUCAGAUAGAAAAGAGACAAAUUAGAUACCCACAGGUGCUCUGGGAUCGGGGCUUGUGACUUCCCCCAGCCGAAAGGUGUAUCGUGUCGAGCAGUGGUCUGGCAUGCAGUCUACUGGUAGAUGGAACUCACAUGUACGUACUAAAGGAAUUUAAACUGACUGAGAAGUUUCAAGCCCAGAAGUUUUCAGAUGACACCCGCCAUCUUUCUUCAGCUUUCAAAGAAGGUAGUCACGUGGCCAGAGGCUAAAAGUUCAACACAGUCCAUGUGAUUGGACGAGAGUGUGUGUAUCAUAAACUUUUUCGACGGUCGAAAAGUACGGAGCAUCAAACUCAAUCAUGAGGCAAAAUCUUCCACGCGAAUAUAGGAAAAGACUGUGCCAAAAAUUGCAAUAAACCUCUGAGAGACAUAACUUCUUCAGGUUUUCAAGAGUAUACGUUUCAAAGAGGACAAACGUGUUAUUUAUCUGAAAUGUUUCAUAGAGUAUAAUGUAUGUGAUACCCGUUUCAGGGUAUGCUUUGAAACUGUGUGUUUGAACCUUCAUAUCGAUAUAAAGAAACCUUGUGGAAAUAUUCUAAUGGUAUAUAUUUGCGUUUAUCCGUCCACUG